UGUUGAUUCUUGACCAUGGCUUUGGCAACUUCCACCGUUAAAUUCUUCUCACUACUAUUUUCGUCAUUUGCCAUUGUUCAACUGGCAAUGGCAGGAGAUCCUGACAUUGUUUCUGACUUCGUUAUUCCAUCAAAUGUGACUGCAGUUGAUGGUUCAUUCUUUACAUUCACUGGCAUGCGUGCCCUUGUUGGUGCUGCACCACCUACAGCUUUAAAAGUCUUGAAAGCUGGCAUGGCGGAAUUCCCUGCUCUGAUUGGCCAGAGUGUUUCAUACGCUGUUCUUCAGUAUCCUGCCGGUACUCCUAACCCGCCUCACACCCACCCUCGCUCCGCUGAGCUGCUUUUCCUUAUCCAAGGGUCUCUCCAAGUAGGAUUCGUUGACACCACCAGCAAGCUCUUCACCCAGACACUUAAACCUGGUGACUUGUUUGUAUUCCCAAAGGGACUUGUUCAUUUCCAAUACAAUGCAGAUGCAAAGAACCCCGCUCUUGCAGUUUCUGCUUUUGGAAGUGCAAAUGCUGGAACCAUAUCUCUUCCCGGCACUCUUUUCGCCACCGGCAUUGACAAUAACAUCUUGGCUACAUCCUUCAAGACUGACGUUGCCACCAUUCAGGCUCUAAAGGUUGGCCUUGCACCCAAGCCAUGAACGUUAGACUGCCUUAUCAUUACUUAGAAUAUCCACUAUUUUGCGCUGUCUUUUCUUCUUCCUCAUUUUCUUAGUUUAUGCCUUGAGUGUUGAUUAACCAACUACACCAAGGGCUCACAGUCACAGUCAAAGUCACAGUCACAGUCACAGUCAUGCUCAUGGGUAGAAAUUCUUUACUUUUUAUAUUUUUAUUGUGUUGUUUAAUUAUCUCCAAUCGUUGGAAAUUUACGAGUGAUCGCUUAUUUUA